AUGAAUAACUACACAGCAUUAAGUGGUGGAUCUUAAUUUUAAGAUAUCAUAGAAGAGAUAAAGAAAGUGGAUGCAAUAAUAGCCUAAGGAAUAAACUAGAGAAAUCAAAGAUUAUUUUAAAAGGAAUCAGUUUAAUUAGUAAUUAAAAUAAUAAAAUAGAUUGACAGAUAAUUGGGAUAAUAAAUAAACAAUAUAAAUGAAUUAAUAAAAUAAGGGAGAACAUAAUUAUAUAAAAUGACAAAUCUGUAAGAAUUAUUAAUGUUGAUAUAGUUCAUAAAAUGAAUAAUAAAGAUAAAAAAAUAAAUUGGAUGAAUUUUAAAAUAGAUCUAAUGAAUUUAGUAGAGCAUUGUAAGUUAAAUAAAUUUUUAAUAUGGUAAAAAUUGAUAUUCAUUUUUAUAGGUUACAACAUAAGCAAAUAAGGAAUAUGGUGAAAAAUCUGAUACAGAGAUGGUUUAAAUUAAUUAAACUCUGAUUAAAGAAUAAGAUAAGAUUUUAGAUAAUAUGUUAUAAACAACAGAUAUAAUUGCAAACAAUUCAAAAACUAUAAAUUUAGCCUUAAAAGAAGACAAAGUAAUUUUAACAAACUUAAAUAAAAAUGUAUUGAAUUUUAAAUAGAAAAUUUUAGGUUGAAUAAGCAACAAAUGAAAUAUAAGUGGCUGAUUCAAAAUUGAAAACAUUACUUUCUUAUACUAAUGAUUGGUGUCUUUGGAUAAUAAUAUUAAUAGAAUUUGUAGUAUUUAUUUUUCUUGUCAUAAAUUGA